CAUGUAGACGGCCGCUGGUUUGCUAACGGAGAUCGACCGAAACCAAAAGAAGCAGAGCUUUGUCGUCCGGGUUAUUUCACCUGGCAUACGCACUUAUUCAGCCUCGACCGGGGAUACAAAUAGCCCAACGGAAGACGUUCAAACUACGGGGAAAGUGAGGGUUUUCGAAAAGCAGUCUGACGUCUGUCGUUCGCCGAAAAUAAGCUGGAUAAGAUCGCCAGCUAGCUUUGUUACCAACUCCGCGCAUACGUAGUUUUAGCUCGCUAGCCAGCUAACUACGCUAGCUCGAGAAGAAAGGCCGUCGAGUUGACCCAGCGACAGUCAUUUGGGAGAUAGCGACUCAUCCUGGCAUAUCACGGUUGCCCCUCACUGCUUGGAUCGGAACACCUUGAAAUAAAAGAGAAGAACAUCGAGAGAGGAUGGCUCUGAAAAGGAUCAACAAGGAGCUUAACGACCUGGCUCGUGACCCUCCUGCACAAUGCUCAGCCGGCCCAGUGGGUGAUGAUAUGUUUCACUGGCAAGCCACAAUCAUGGGACCUAGCGACAGUCCAUAUCAGGGAGGAGUUUUCUUCUUGACAAUUCAUUUUCCAACAGACUACCCCUUCAAACCACCCAAGGUUGCAUUUACAACAAGAAUUUACCACCCAAAUAUUAACAGUAACGGCAGUAUCUGUCUGGAUAUUCUCAGAUCACAGUGGUCUCCUGCACUUACUAUUUCUAAAGUUCUUCUCUCCAUUUGCUCACUCCUAUGUGACCCAAACCCUGAUGACCCACUAGUGCCAGAGAUCGCACGAAUCUACAAAACAGAUAGUCAGAGAUACACCAGAACAGCAAAAGAAUGGACAAGUAAAUACGCAAUGUGAUGGCAUCAGUUGGAAAGCUGGUGGAAAAUGUCGUCGCUGGUUCAAACAAAAAAUUCCGGGAUUCUGUUUUUCUUUUUCACUUUUUUUUCUUUUCUUUUUUUCUCCUCUUUUUGUAUUUUUUUUUUUUUUGUUAAUCAGAGCAUUAUACCCCAUUUCUUUUUCCACCUGCGCGCUCAUAAGAAGAUAGUGUUUUCUCUCUAGGACACGUGCCAGUUUCUGUGAAGUUUCUACUCCCGUUUUGUAUGGAGGUAAAAAUAAAAAAAGAAAAGAAAAAAAAUCACCAUGGUUCUUAACACUCGGCUUGAGCAUGCACCAGUAAGAGCUUUUCAACCCAAAAUUGAUGAUGUUAGUCAUUUACUCUGCACACACUUAGUAGAAUCUGAUGCGACUGGUCUCCUGACACUGAACAUUACAUCGACCCCAUGAUGAUCCUGCUGGUUAACUGGCUGGACUCUGUGGGCUUGAUGUUUACUGGAUCUCCCAGAGCACUUGUAGAGAAGCCUGUCUUUUGCCAUGCUCAUAAAUUCAGAAUUUUAAAGUUUCAAAUUGGCAAAAUUAUACCUUUUCAUUUCAAAGUGGAAAACAUCUGAAAUGGGGAAAUGCCAACCCUCAAAAAUAUUUAGGAAAACUGGUUGGUGGCUCCUGAUCUGCCUCUUGGACUGGUGUGACGUCAGUAUGUUCUUCUGCUCAUUAAUAUAGGAAUCUAUUACCUGAGGAAAGAAGUGUAUCUUAUUCCACUAUCAAAGUGUGUGUACAGAGAAGCACAGCAGUAUAUAUCAAUGUUAAGGAAACAAAAUAUAAGAACUUCAAUGUUGUAUUUUAUGCAUGUUAAUAAAGUUAGGCUAUUAUAUCUGAUAUGUUUCUGCAAAUUAAAUGGAUUGUAAGGCUGGAAGUUGGAAAAUUUUUGGUUCCCCUCAAAGGCUUUCUAUUUCUUUUUGUUAUUUAGAAGCCAGUAGAUGAGCUAUUAGUUUUAUGCCCACUCAAACACUGUCUUCUUGUAGCCCUAAAAUAUUGAUGCAAAGCUAAUGGUUGAUAAUCAACUUGUGGCUCUGUUUCUUUUUAUGUUUCCCUUCAAUAAAGUUACUUAGACCAUAAAGUGAA